AUGCGGGGCAGGAGUGUGUUCGCUGGGGCAGUGGCCGCCUUGGCGCUGAGUACCGAGCUGUGUAAUGCUGCACCCAAGGUUGACAUCAAGAUCAUCGCUCGUCCACGGCCGGAAGAGGAGGCGCCUCCGGUACUGCUCCCGGUCCCGUCGCGCGAUCCGUUCCCAGCAUUCCAAGGGCCAUUUGUUGACAACCUGGAGGCACUACCGUGCAUUCAUGAGGAGAGGGAGAUGCAAAAGGGAAAAGCCUAUAUUCUGGAUCUAUGUCUUCUUGCGAACGUGACAAUUGAAGCCAAGAUUGAGAAGAAGGUGGAAGUGGAGAUAGAAGUGACGGACGGUGUGCCGGAUGAUUCACUGGUGACGGACGACAGGACGGAAGUUCCCAACACGGCUGAAGAUGACGAUGCUGCUACUGAAAAGUUGGUAGAUCCGGUGUCCGAAGAGAAGGAGAAGCCGGAAAUCCCCACUAUUCUUGGCAUUUUCCGCGGCUGGCAGAUCGAUCCUAUCACACUGAACUACAAGUACAUGGUCUACGACGACGGCGACGAUUGUAUGGAUAAUGAUCAUUACUCUAUGGUUGUGGAGUUGAUUCCUUCGAGUAACCCGGAGUCGGACACGAAACUGUACGGACUGAAGAAAACCGGUAUGUGCACGUUCAAGGCAUCACUACUUACCUAUGUCCCAGAAGGAGACCGUCUUGCAGGACAAGGCAUCCACACUCCCGGAGUGGUAGACAUCAGCGACGCGGAGGCGUCUUUGCCAGUUAUCUGCGGCAAAAUGAAAUGUCGUUACGGAGAUAUCUCAAAGCGAGUGCGGGAUUUAUCGGACCAGAUCCGGGGUGUCCAGUCCAGUUUGGUAGAGGGAACCCGUGCAGCGAAUACGCUUUUUACCAACAUGACUCUGGAAACAUCAAAGAACACGAUAGAAUCUGCAACGCAGAUACUUGAGAAAUCGCUUGAGCUCUUCAAUGAGAUUGAGAACCUUCAGCGAUCUCUGACAAACGAUUUUCUAGGACGAGAAGACGCAGCAAAGAAGGAAAUUGCCGAACAGGAAGCAAAGGAUAAAAAGAGGAAAGAGGAAAAAAAAGCUCGGAAAGCUGACCCCGCUGGUGUUAGUGCUGGCGAUGACGAAGCUGCUUCAAAUACUGAGGAAGAACAGGUUGUGACUGAUCCUGCAGAAGAACAGGGCGAAGUGACUGCACAGAGCUGA